AUCUCUCGGUUUCCCUUUUUUUUUCUCUCUGCAGGAGUUUGGAGGACUAGUAGGAUGCUGAGUAUCUUUCCUCCUCUCCACUGUUCUCCACCCUGCUCUCCAUGACCUGAGAGCACCACCCCAGCAGGAGGAACGAAACACCAGCACGAGAGAGAGAAAGAGAGAGGAGGGCAGAAGGCCAGGGAAGGAAGGAAAGAAGCAACACCCUUUUUUUUGUUGUUAUUGGUUGUUUUCCCUUUCCGAAAUGGCAGCGACAGAGGCCAGUGCGGCGCCGGUGGUCCAGGAAGACGGGAAAACCCCCGAGAGCAAGCCGGUGGAGGCCGAGCAGCCGGCCAGUAACGCCAACACAAACUCAGAGACUACCAACAGCGAGGUUGUCGAUAAAGACGGUACCGCUGUCAACAGCGAGGUAGUCGACAACAAAGAGACUGUGAACAACGACACAGCAGCGGGAGCCGAAGACGGAGAUGCAGCGGCGCCAGCGAGCGAGGAGGCGGCGGCGACGGCGGCAGCGGCGGCACCGGCUCAGAACUCGGAAAAUGCCUCCUCCGCGGAGCCCAAGACAUCGUUCCUGGACUCUUUCCUCAACAAGAGCGGCCUGGGGAAGGUGAUGGGAGGAAGGAAGAAGAAAGAGUCGAUCACGGCCACCGCCGGAGGAGAGGAGAACGCAGUCGAGGGAGGGGAGAAGGAGGGAGAGAAAGGGGGCGAGGAGGCUGCGGCAUCGGAGGCCGGAGCAGAGGGCGCCACGGACGGUGAGGCGACGAUAGAGAAAGCGGAAAACGGAGAGAAGGAAGAAGAGAAGAAGGCGGAGAAGGGCAAACCGGCGGAGGCCAAAUCCAUGGUUCGCGAUCUGAUCAGGAAGCCGGUGGCGAGGAUCUUCUCCCAUCGCAGCACCGAGAAGAAGGACGUUAAGGUUCGAUCCAAGUCCCUGGACCGGCUGGAUCCCGAGGCACUCAACGCCGCCGCGGACUCCACCGCGGAGGAGGGAGGAGCCACGGAGGCGGCGGCGGCGGCGGCCGGAGGAGGUGCAGACGAAGGUGAAGAGGGAGAACAGAAAGCCGCGUCAACCUCGGCGACCACCAAGCACAUGAAGCGCUGGCACUCCUUCAAGAAGCUCAUGGCUCAGAAGGGGCACAAGAAGAGCGCAGGAGAAGACGUGAAGGAGGAGGACGGAGAGGGAGGCGGAGACUCGUCCACGCUGGACUCCAAGGAGUCGGGGCAGAAACGGUGGAAGCUGAAACGCUCCUGGACCUUCCAGGGUUUGAAGAGGGACCCGUCGAUGGUCGGCAUCAGCGGGAAGACCAAGGGCUCGGACAAAGACUCUGCCGACAGCGCAAAGCCAGAAGAAGAAGUGGCGGCGGCAGUGGCGGCGGCGGCGGAGGAAGCGGUGGAAGGAGAGGAGGCCAAGGAGGAGGGAGGAACGGAGGAAGCCAAGGCGGAGGGAGGGGAGGAGAAGGAAAAGGCGGAUGGAGGGGAGGAGGAGAAGGCAGCAGCAGCAGCAGCCGGUGGGGGGACGGUGACGCAACACGCCAACGAGAUCUGGACCUCCUUCAAGAAGCGCGUGAUACCCAAGUCCAAACGCGCCAACACGGAGUGCGCCCCCUCCGGAGAGGAGGAUGCAACCGCAGCCGCCGCCGGCACAGGUGAGGAUGGAGCAGCGGAGGAGGGCAAAGACACAAAGGCAGCCAAGGCCAAGCGCUCCCAUUUCGGCCGCGCCGUAUCUCUGAAGAACUUCAUCCUGCGAAAGGGCAAGUCCACCAGCGUGGACAUGGGUGAGGGCGCCAAGGAGGAGGAAGAGGAGGAGGAGGGCGCCGCCGCGGAGGGAGGAGAGGGAGGCGACGCGGCUAAGGAAGGGACGGCCGACGGCGACGCCAACGACAAAGACGCCACGGAGGCCGAGAAGACGCCAGCGGCGCCGGAGGAUGGGGGGGACGCGGCGGCCAAGGUGGAGGCGGAGAAGACGCCGGCCGACGCCCCGGUGACCAACGGGGAGAACGGCUGCUCCAACGGCACGGGGGACGAGAACGCCACACACAAUCACCAGGACGACGGGGACGAGGACGCCGGGAAGACGACGGGCGGCAGCCCCGUGAAGAAGGGCAAGGAAUCAGGGGGGGCCAAAGAGGACGCCAACGCCAAGAUCAUCAACACCACGGCGGCCGUGAACAGCGACAAAAAGGCGGGAAACGUGUGAGGUCCACACAAAGAGGAUUAGAACUGCCCGGGAUUCGCUGAGCAAGGAGCUCUGAGCCCCGCCCCCUUCCCUAAAUCCUCCUCCCUCCCUCCUUCCUGCCUCCUCCCUCCUCUUCUCCCGUCAUCCCUCCUUCCUUCCGAAUAAACGGAGUAAUCACGUGUUAAGAGAACACCAUGGUGAGAAAAAGAGAUUGAAAUGAGAGAGUUUGAGAGAAUGAGAAAGAUGCAAUUCAUGUAGAUGAGAAGUGAAAAACAAGACUUACUCAGAAAGCAAUAAUUCAAAGCCCUUCUUUUCCAUCCAUCCAUCCAUCCAUCCUUACAUCUAUCCCCUCCGUCCAAUUACAUACAUGCAUACAAACAUACACACAUGUACAUCCAGUGUUUUAACUUUUUCUUUGCUUGUCUGUGAGAUUUUAUAUUGUCUACGAGAGAAAAGAAAUGUAAAAAAGAAAUCAAAAUCGAGACAUUCCAUUUUCCUCCUUUCGCCGCCCUGUUUUCCUCCUCGCCAAGCUACUUCACCUAAAAGCUCUUUUCUGUCUCUACCGUCUCCUGAUUGGUGGAUUAAAAAAAAAA